AUGGAAUAUUCAUGCAGACCUCGACCUGUGACAGCAACAGUAACAAAACCAAGAUAUAGUCAGCCUAAGCAAGAUGAUUCUCAAAAACUGCGCAGAAAAUCUUUGGAGUCCCAUGGUUCAACAGCAUCAUUAACGUCUUUAUUAGACCACAACAGCUACAACAGCGCCUCUGAUUUUGAAGAGGAUGAAUCCAGUAAAAUCUUUGAUACAACUUUCUCAUUUACUGAAACCAGAAAACGCCAUUACCCAGAGGGAAAGGCAGACAGGGGAAACAUGUCACCAAGGCUGAGGAAAGCACUAUCUUCAGACAGCAGUUUGUCAGCGUGGGAGCUGUGGCUAAUUGACAAAGCAAAAAGUGAACUCGAAAGGAAACGGGCAGAAAGGUUAAAGAGAAAACAGGAGCAAGCAACUAAGGAAAAGCUUGAGCAAGAAAAGCGUAGCAGGAUGCUGAAAGGAGAGUCCCUACGUAGUUCAUGGUUACAAACGAAAAAUGAAGAGAUGCGUUUACAGAAGAAACUGGAAAAAUUACGUAUAGAAGAGGAAAAAAGGAAAAAGGAAGAAAUUGAAGCUCAGGCCAAGAGAAAGGCUGCUGAAAAGUUUGAUAACUGGCAGAAACUAAAAAAGGAAGAAGAAAAAGAAAGAAGAAGAAAAAUCAAGGAGGAAAAUAAAAAGAAACAACAGCUUGAAAUCCAGAGGAAAUUAGCUGCAGAAGAGAAAUUUCAAGAGUGGCUGAAGAUGGCACAAAGCAGACCCAAGACAUCACCAAACAGCUUUGGCUAUCUUUCUGGAGAAGUGAAAGCAUAUUAUGACCAAAGUGCCUGUCCAGAACCGUCCUUCUAUAAUCCAAUUCCUUGGCAGCCAAUAUCUGUUCCCUCGAAAAAGUCAGAGGAGAAGAAACAUAAAGUAAAGCCAUACAAAUGGAAUCCAGGAAAAUAUUUGUAA